AUGUAAACAAAGUCCAAUGAUUUCCGAGUAAAGACAUCAAGACAAAUAUCAAAACGUCCUUUCUAGUAGACAUCCUAGUAAGGUAUUCAAGCAGUUUCGUAACAAAGUAGUUUAUUCUUUGAAUAUUAGCAUUGAAAAAGAAACUUUCUCCAAUAAGAUUAAAUAAAUAUAAUGUAUUUAUGGAUUGUUUAAAUGACUUGACAUAACAAAAGUUUGAGAAAUGCCAAUCAAGAAUAUUAUUUUAGCAAAUUGAAGAGAAGGUUAAGAAAAAUCAAUUGCUAUGCAUUUUAUUCAUCUAGAAUGUUAGCGUGUAUAAUAAAUAUGAUUUACCAAACAAUAAAGUAUAUAUAUGACUAAUUCAGAUUCCACCAAAAUUUUCAUGGGAAGCUAUAUAUCGAGGGAAGACAUUGAUUUUGACAACUCCACAUUAAUAUACCAAAACCUGUCAUGGAAUAGUUGAUUUUAUGUUUAAAUCGAAUGCCAAAUAUCCAUUAAAACUAAAAUUAUUGAAAGUAAAGAAUUAUGAAGAACAAUACAUUGGAGAGAUAGAUUUGUCAGUUUCAGAUUUUGUUGAUUUUGAAGUUGUAUAAGAAUAUUAAGGAAAAAUGAUUAAAGAAACUUUUGUAUAGAAAGAGAUGUUUAAAGUAUAUAAUGAUUAAUCAGCAUCAAUUGGAUAGGUUAGUUUGAAAAUCAUACAAUUUUGCUCUUCCAGCGUUCCUUCAAGUAUUAAAUUAAUUAAUUGAAGAUAAAUCAUCUAAUAUUCCAGGAUCACCAAAAACAUUAGAAUAAAGAAAGAAGCAUUAACAAAUAGAGGAAGGAAAAGCAAAAGGAUUUGAUUGGGGAAGUAGUAAGGAUGAAGAAAUAAUUAUCUAAUUGAUUUUAGAAUGCCAAAAGGAAAUGGCAGCAAAAGUCAACUAAAAUCUUGAGGAAGUCGUAGAGAAAAUCAGAUGUAAAUAUUGGUCUAAUGAAUGCUAGAAAUGGAGAAUACGCUUUGUGGAUUAUUAAAAGAAAGUUGCUUUGCUCCAGACAUUAUGGGAAGAAGAAAUGUUUUGACUAGAAUAAAGAGAAUAAGAGAAGUAUUGGAUAAUCAGAUCUCUGGUCUAUUAAAACAAUCAGAUCCUGCUUAUUUGGAAAUGCUUGUUUAAUUAAGAUUAACUACAAAAUAGGGAAGAAUAAAAAAAACAGACAUUGAAUCUGCGCUUUUCCAUUUUGGUUGUGAAGCAGCUAAACUAUUAAUAUUGACAGUUGAUGAUUUUGGAAUGUGUUUAGUAGAUUAUAUGUUGGAUUCUGACUCAUUGCCAGAAAUAUUAUAUUUCUUUAAUUAAUUAGGUUUAAAUGAAGAUGUCCAAUUGGAAAUAUUUGCGUAAUCAUUAUUUCAAAAUAUUAAAGAAAGACUAAGAAAAAAUCAUUACUUGAAAGCUCUAGCAUAUUUUAUUAAUGCUUUGCAAAUGUAUCCAAAUAUUGGUUUGAUCAUUGCCUAAUACGCUAUAAAUCCUGAAAAUUCAUAAAUUAUGUCUCCUUUUCUUUUGGAGUUCAAUAUUUAGGAUUAUUAGCAUGUGAUAGUGUUAUCUAAAUUAAGAAAAUUAUGCAAAAAAUUCUUAAAUCCAGAAUUGCCAUUUAUGUAAUCUAUGGAAGAACAAUAUCGUAAAGCAAAAUAAGAAACAUAUUUCAAAAUUCCUAUUCUGCCAAAGAAAGUAGAAACAUAAGAGAAAUUUGAUUUGUUACAAUUGCCAGAAUUGUAAUAGAAUAUAUUCCAUGAGAUUGUAAGGAGAAAGAGAUGGAAUUUAUUUGCAAGAUCUUGGAAGCAAUUCGAACAAUUUGUUUAUUAACAAGAUCAUUAAGGAAUUUCUCCUAUGAUGAUGUUUUUAGAAAAUGCACCAUUAGAUUAGAUACUGAAUUUAGACUCUCUUCAAAAUUAAACCUCAUUAAGUGGUUAAACAUCAUUGCACUUUUUGAUUAUGAAUCCUGAUGUAUCUGUUAAUUCAUUAUAAGCCUGUAUUAAUAAGUUUAAUAUGUUGAAUGAUAAAGUUUGGCUUGGAUUUACACCUCUUGCAUUAUUUUUGGAUAGAUUAGUAUAUAAAUAGAAGAAACAUAAGAGUAGAAUUAUAAAAGAAUUGAAGGCUGCUCAAGAGACCAAUACUAAUAAAGGUGUUCAAGUAUUGGAAAUUUUAAGUCUAUCCGCAAUUAAUCUUGUUAAGCAUUUCAAUUUUAGUAAGUAUUUAUUGUAUUGUUAAAAUGUCAGAAAAGAUAAUUUCUUUGAGGAUUUCAAAAAAGAGAAGUUUAAAAAACCAUUUUAAUUGUAAUAGUAGAAAAAUAAGUAAAUUAUUGAAUGGGAUGUUUUUUAUUAUUAACACUCUGUUCCAGCCAUGAUUUUGUGUAAAUUGGAUGAAUCAAUUCAAGAAUUAAUAUGGCAAUAAUUUGAUUGGAUAAAUUGGCUAUGUAGUAAAUAGAAUUAUCCCUAUGAAACAUAUUACAAUUAAACAUUAAUGGUUUCAAUAGCCAAAACUACUUAAACUCAAUAUAUAUAUCAAUAUCUAACCAAAGAUGUCUAAAUUACAUAUAAAGAUAACGAUCACUUUAGUGGUGAUAAAAAUAACACAUUUGAUUUCUUACCAAUCUUCUAAUCUAUUUAUUAAAUAGCUGAAAUAACCACAAAACUAAAAGACGAUAUACAAAAGAAAUAUAAAGGAAUUCAAGAUAUCAAUAAAAAGAAGGAUGAUGAAGAGGAAACUCCAAAGAAAAAAAUAAAAUUGAUGUAUCAAAAUCUUGGCUAAUAAAAAUAUUAAUAAGUAUUGGAUUAAUUAAUGCAAGAAUAACAAUCUACGGAAGGAAUGUUAUAAAAUAACUUUAAAUAUUAAGGUGUUGUUAAUGAUUUAAUGGUUGCCAAAGGUCUCAACUUUGGAAAACUCUUUAGAAAAGCAUAUGAUUCAAAAUUCCAUGAUAUGUUAAAUUUCGUAGACAUAUUAUUAAAAGCAUUAUAUCACAAUAAUAUGUCAGCUGCUCAUUUGGCCUUAUUCUUUGCUUAAUUAAGAAUGAACAAGAGUUAAAGAGUAGCUUAAUUGAAGGCCAAUCAAUAAAUAUAUUUGCAAUCAUUAAAUACACAUUGGUGUAUUGAAUUAGAUUUUGCAUAAUUCUAGGCUAUGAUUAAUGAUAUCAAAGACAUCUGUUAAUAAAAUGAAGUCAACUAUGUGAUUUUGAUCUUAGCGAUGAAUGGAAGAUUCAAUAAACUUAAAUUAAUCCACGAUAGAAUGACCAAUCAAAAUUAUAUUAUUUAAGCAUUACCCAUAGCAGCUCAUCAAAUCAACACUGUUAGAAAUGCCCUUUAUUACGAGAGUUUAAAUAAACUAUUAUAAGAAUGUGAUGUUAAGAGACUCUACCCUGAAGACAAUCUAGAUUUCUUCAAACCUCCAAAAGAAAAGGAAAAGCCAAAGCCAGAUCCCAAGAAGCCUUUUGAUAAAGCAAAACCAGUAUUUUAAAAGUGGAUUAUCGUUUAAGGAGUGCUAGUAUAUAUUUUAAUUAUUAAUAAAGACAACUUAAUUAUAAUAGAUAUAUAAAUAUGCCGCCAAUAGUUACUAGAGAGUUAAGUCAGAAUUUUCCAUUUUAGCUAAACAAUACUAAUAAUUAUGGUACUAGGAAUACUCAUAUAAAUUAAGAAGAUUAUUCCCAAGAUAAAAUUUUAGAUCUGUCUUUUAUUCCUCAAAGUAGAAAGAAUCCGAUUUUGUCAAAACUAUAGAGUUAUUAAUUGAAAAAGUACUCUAAUUAAAAUUGACACCUUCAGAUGAUUUCUUCAAUUAUGUCCAUGUUCAUGAUAAGUUUUCUGAAUUGUUAUCCUAAUCUCCUAAUUAGAACAUUUGCAUUGUUUAAGCAUUUAAAUCUAUGAUCAAUCUCUUCAAAUAUGAGUAGUCAAAUGAAGUACUAUCAAGAUGUAUCAAUUUUUUAAAGAAAUACUUAAAUUCCAAAAUAUUUAAAGAUUUGAAUGAGCCAGACACAUUUAAUAGAGAAAGUCAAUUAAUAACAAAUUACUUAUCAAAAAGCGAUCCAUCAUCAACUCAAUGUAAAUUCGCUUGUGAAGUCUUAAUUCUAAUGGACCAAAACUUUACAACAUAAGAAUUCGAGACACUCAAUUUAAUCUAAUAACCUUAAUAAUUAGCUAGUUUAUUGCUAAAGUACAAGACAUUAGAAAAAAGAACCUUGGGUUUUAUUUAAAAAUAUUUAAAUUCUAGCAACAAUUAAGCUAAGUAAGCCUUACCUUUUAAUGAAUCAAACAUGAGAUAUAUUGUAGAUUUGGCAAAGUAAGGUAUUAAUUUGAUAAAUGAAAAUGCUCUGGAAUUCUUUAUUACAAAAGGAUUGUUCACUUAUUUAAAGGAUUACUUCUUAAGUUCAUUGAAACCUAAGGGAAUGCUAAAUGACGAUCAAAAGUAGUUUUAUUUGGGAUUCGCAUUUUCAAGUGGAUCUUAAGAGACAAUUUAAUUGUGUUUAGAAGAUUUGUGUAGUCUAAAGAGUAGUGAAUUAAAGCAAUAUAUGUUGGAAGGCAAUUUAUUGGCUCGAGCAAUUGCAAAAGGGUCUUAGGAGACAUUAUUAUACAUAACUAGGAAGAUAAUGAAAUAGUUGACUUUCAAUGGCAAAGAGAUUUUAAAGUUAUUGCUAAUUUCAGAUAAUAUUGCUGAGCCUUUUUAAUUGGAUAAAUAAAAGAGAUCUUUAUUCACAACUAUAUUCUUGUUGAAUUAUGAUAUUUUUUAUAAGGAGUUUUUUGUUGAUUAUCUCUAGAAGAUUCUACCUUAAGAUUAUAAAAAUAUCAUGAUAAAGAUAUUAAAUGCUACAGUGUGUAAAUUAGAUGAAAAUAAUAGUUGGACUAUAUUCUAAUUAGCUAUUAAUUGUGGAUUCUUUGAUGUAAUAUAGACAGUGUUAUAGUUGAAUAUAAAUAUUGAUGCCUAACAUUUGAAGGAUAUCUCAAUAAGUAAUUUACCAUAAAGAUGGUUAUUUUAGACUCCUUAAUAAUUAGAAAAUUUAUUAAAAUAAGAACAUUACAAAUAAUUAUAUAAAUAAUCAGCUUUAAGGUUGUAUAGGAUUUGUAAAUAUCAUUUAUGCAGAUAAGAGAAAUUAAAAGAGUUGGAGAUCUGCUUAAAUUUAGCUCCUUUGUAUAAUAAGGUUGGUCUAUUAUUAUAGAGUCAUGACCCAAUCAUUAAUAUUAUUAUGAAUCAACAGAUAGAUCCAGCAAAAUAACCUUUGAUUUAUCUAUUAAAAUUGCAUUUGGAUUAGGUCGAUAAAGCCAAUUCAUUCAUAUUGGUGGAAAGUUUUUGUGAUAAACAUCCUUAAAUAACUCAUGAUAAGAUAUAUACACAAUUGAUCAAAAAUAGGGAGGCAUAUGAAUUAUUAAGAAUUUAUUACCCGGAAUAAAAUGAACCUGGAAAUGCUAACUUUGAUUUUGACCUCCCAUAUGGUGAUAAUAUUGUGAAGGAAUACUUGUUAAUACAAGAUCCUCAUCAAUUUCUAAGAUUUAUUACAACAAAUUAAUAAUUAGUAUUUUCACUCAGAGUUUUGUAUGAUAAAAAUGAUGAUUUGGAUAAAUUCCACAAUUCAUUAGUCGAACCACAACAUAUUAUUAUUUGUGGUUUACUAUUAUUAAUUUUGAACCCCAACAAACAUUCAGAAGUUGUCCAUAAUAAAUUUAAAUAGGCAUUUGAAUUAAGAGAUGAUCCAUCUGCCUCUUAGGUGACUAAUAUCUUCAGAGGUAUAUUGAGGUACUUUGAAACAAUAGAACGAGCAUUUGUAUUCUUUUUCUCCUUAAUCCAAUCGUUAUUGAAUAAUCAAAUAUAUCAUCAACUCAUCUAAAUUAAACCUAUAGGAGAUAUGAAUAAUUAAAUUAGUUCUGAAAAACAAUUCUUGGAAGAUAUUAAAGAUGCUCUCAUCUAUGAUACUUUUACAUUGCAGGAUAAUGUUUGGGGAUAGAUUUUGGGACAAAGUACAAAAGUAUCACAUGCACUCCAAUCUGACAAAUGGUUCCAAGGAGUAUUAUUUUUAAUUCUAUUUUUAGUUAUGUUUAAUCAAGUCAUUAUUACAUGUAUGUUAUUAAGCAGAAUCUAUAAUCCAUGAAAUUCAAACGCUUAGCAAAAUAGAUGAUUAUAUUUCAAGUGACUUUUGGGGAGUUCAAACUGCCAAUAUAGAAAUCAGAGCAGAAUUGCAUCCAGCAGAAUAGAUUGCUUAACAUAAAGUUAUUGUUUUUAAGCAAUCUGAAAAUAAUACUUGGAAAAUCAAGUAUCCUUUAGGAAUGGUCAAAGGUAAUAUUUAAUUUUAAAUAUUAGAUACUUCACUUAUUUAUCCUUCCAUAUUAUCCUCACAAAAAGGAACUGAAUAUGCAAAAAAUUAAUUAAUUUAACAGGUUUAUGAACAAACUAAAUAUGAUAUAUUGCCGAAAAUUGAAAACUUCACUUUUGAUGGCUAUUCUCAUGAGAAUAUUUAACAAUUAAUCAAGGAGACGCAUGAAAAUAUUGGUAUAGCAGCAAACUCUUACUCAUUUUAAGGAGAUGGAAUUUAAUAUAAUGGAAAAUAAUUGACAUCAAAUUAUUAAACAAGGAGAAAAAAUAAGAAAGAACUUAUUAUGAUUCCAAUCACUAAUCAAAUAAUCAUUUAAGUUGUUUCUAAAGAUGAAUUUAUAAGAAGAGAAAAAUAUUCCUUUUUAUUUAACCAGAUUAUUGAAGAUACAUAAACGAAAUAUUGGACAUUUUUUAUUGAUAAAGAAUAUGUUUCAUCAAUUAAAGAUGAUUAAAUUAUUAUGGAAUUAUAUGAAAUGACUAAAGAUAGAUUAGGAUAUCAUGUUCAAUUCUAAUCAUUUGUUGAAUGUUACUACAGCAAAUUAGCUAAUGGACUUGAAAAGGCAACAAAAAAAUGUAUUCAUAAAACCAAUAUUCUUAGCCAUUUCGCCUAAAUUAUGCGUUGAUAUAGGUCUUUAAUGGGACAUGUUGACAAAAGUAAUUAAACACAUAGUUUCUUACUUAAAAUUCACAGACAACAUUUGCUUUGAAAUGGCUGAAAUCGAUCAAAGAAAAGUAACAAUUUCUCAUCAUCUUAGUCAAUUAAUAUUAAAUUAGAAGGUUUUGAUUCUAUAUUUAGAUUUGGUUAAGCUGAGCUUUCAGUGUCAAAUAAUGUUUUAGUUGUCAAAUUAAAUAUUGCCAUGAUGUCAAAUGGAAACUUUUAACAAUUAUUGUAAACACAAAAUAGAUCCAAACUAAACAACAGCGAAAUCAAGGAAUCUAUCGAUAUUUAGGUAUCAUUAUUAUCAUAUAUCUAAAUUAGUAAUAUUUAUUGUCUAUUUUUAAUGAAUAAUAAUUGUCACAAUUAUGA